CACUGCGGGGAGCGGAGCGCAGAGAGCGUCGGGACGGGGCGGGGACGGAGAAGGGAACGGGAGACGGGCAAGGAGCUAGGGAUCGGGCGGCGGCGCGGGCGGUCUCGCGGCGCAGAAGGCCCCCGGGCGCCGGGGCCGCUGUCAUGGCGGCGGGGCCGCUGCCGCUCCCGCUCCUGCUGCCGCUCCUGGUCCUGCUGCCUUUGGCCGCCGCCGUCUACGAGGACCAAGUGGGCAAGUUCGACUGGAGGCAGCAGUACGUGGGGAAGCUCAAGUUCGCCUCCUUGGAGGCCUCGCAGGGCUCGAAGAAGCUCGUUGUGGCUACGGAGGAGAACGUGGUGGCCGCCCUGAACUCGCGGAGCGGCGAGAUCCUGUGGCGCCAUGUGGACAAGGGCACCCCGGAAGGAGCCAUCGAUGCCAUGCUGAUCCACGGGCAGGAUGCCAUCACCGUGUCCAACGCUGGACGGAUUCUGCGCUCCUGGGAGACCAACAUCGGGGGCUUGAACUGGGAGACCUCCCUGGACACUGGCAGUUUCCAGGGGGCUGCCCUGGUGGGGCUCCCUGAGGCAGUGAAGUACGUGGCAGUGCUGAAGAAGGCAGCCCUGUCUCUGCACUACCUGUCCAACGGGCACCAGAAGUGGGUGGAACACCUGCCAGAGAGUGAGAGCACUCAGUACGAGCUGCUGUACUCCCGUGGCACCGGAGUGAUCCACGUGGUUGGCAUCGUUCCCCAGAGCCACCUGAACGUGCUGACCUUCAGUGUAGAGGAUGGAGAAAUCACAAGACAGGUGAGGGUGGCAGCCCCGUGGCUGGGCGCCCUGCAGGGCCCCUGUGCCGUGGUGGGCGAGGCCGUGCUGGUGUGCGUGGACGCGGCCGCGCGCUCGCUGCACGUCUGCGCCCUGGACACGGAGCAGGACAUGAGGCACGUCCCUCUGCAGUCCCUGGAGCUGGAGUUUGCAGAUGACUUCCAGGCCAGGAUCUUGGCCACUCAGCCCAGUGUGACCAGCGCCUCACGGACUCAGUUCUUCCUGCAGCUGUCCCCGAGCCACUUCUCCCUGCUGCAGUACAAGCAGGGGCUGCUCAGCCACCUCCGGGACUUCCAGCAGGCAGCUCUAGUGAGUUUUGCAACGACCGGGGAGAAGACAGUGGCCGCUGUCCUGACAUGCAGGAGUGAACUGAAACCUGGAAGCUCCGAUGGCCUCCAUGCUGGCAGCACUCUGGAGGAUGCCCGGAGGCAGGAUUCCUUAACCUGCUCCAAUCAAACCUACAACAUAAACCUCUACCUGGUUGAAACUGGGCAAAGAUUGUUGGACACCACAAUCACCUUUAACCUGGAGCAAGGAGGGGCCAAGCCACAGCAGCUGUACAUCCAAGUUUUUCUGAAGAAGGAUGACUCUGUGGGCUAUCGAGCCUUGGUGCAGACAGAGGACCACAUGCUCAUGUUCCUCCAGCAGCCAGGAAAAGUUGUGUGGAGUAGAGAGGAGUCGCUGGCAGAAGUGGUAAGCUUGGAGAUGGUGGAUCUGCCUCUGACAGGUGCACAGGCUGAGCUGGAGGGAGAAUUUGGAAAAAAAGCAGAUGGUUUGCUGGGAAUGUUCCUGAAAAGACUCUCAUCCCAGCUCAUCCUGCUGCAAGCCUGGACUGCCCAUCUCUGGAAGAUGUUCUAUGAUGCCAGGAAGCCCCGGAGCCAGAUUAAAAAUGAGAUUAACAUUGACAAUUUGGCCAGAGACGAGUUCAACCUCCAGAAAAUGAUGGUGAUGGUCACUGCCUCGGGCAAGCUUUUUGGCAUUGAGAGCAGCUCUGGCACCAUCCUGUGGAAGCAAUACCUCAGGAAUGUGAGACCAGGCUCCUCCUUCAAGCUGAUGGUGCAGAGAACAACAGCCCAUUUCCCUCACCCUCCACAGUGCACUCUGCUCGUCAAGGACAAGGAAACCAAGAUGAGUUUUCUGUACGUCUUUAACCCCAUCUUUGGGAAGAGAAGCCAAGUAGCUCCUCCUGUUCUGAAACGUCCCAUUCUCCAGACUUUGCUUCUGCCUAUUAUGGAUCAAGACUAUGCCAAAGUGCUGCUCCUGAUUGAUGAUGAGUACAAGGUUACACCUUUCCCAGCCACUAAAAACGUCCUUCGCCAGUUAGAAGAAAUAGCCCAUUCCAUCUAUUUUUACCUAGUUGAUGCUGAGCAAGGAAAACUCUCUGGAUUCAGACUGAAAAAGGACCUGAGCACAGAGGAGAUCUGGGAGGUGGCCAUCCCCACAGAGGUGCAGAGGAUUGUGACUGUCAAGGGGAAGAGGUCCAACGAGCACGUGCACUCCCAGGGCCGCGUGAUGGGCGACCGCAGCGUCCUCUACAAGUCCUUGAACCCCAACCUGCUGGCCGUGGUGACCGAGAGCACGGACACGCACCACGAGCGCACCUUCAUCGGGAUCUACCUCAUGGACGGGGUCACGGGCAGGAUCAUCCACUCCUCCGUGCAGAAGAAGGCCAAGGGGCCCGUGCACAUGGUGCACUCUGAGAACUGGGUGGUGUACCAGUACUGGAACACCAAGGCCCGGCGCAACGAGUUCACGGUGCUGGAGCUCUACGAGGGCACCGAGCAGUACAACGCCACAGCCUUCAGCUCCCUGGACCGCCCCAUUCUGCCCCAGGUCCUCCAGCAAUCCUACAUUUUCCCCUCUGCCAUCAGUGCCAUGGAGGCCACCAUCACCGAGCGGGGCAUCACCAGCCGCCACCUGCUCAUUGGGCUUCCCUCUGGGGCCAUCCUGUCCCUUCCCAAGGCUCUGCUGGACCCUCGGCGCCCGGAGAUCCCCACGGAGCAGAGCAGGGAGGAGAACCUGAUCCCGUACUCACCAGAUGUGCAGAUCCACGCCGAGAGGUUCAUCAACUACAACCAGACCAUCUCCAGGAUGAGGGGGAUUUACACAGCCCCCUCUGGCCUCGAGUCCACGUGCUUGGUUGUAGCCUACGGGCUGGACAUCUUCCAGACCCGGGUGUACCCCUCCAAGCAGUUUGAUGUGCUCAAGGACGACUAUGACUACGUGCUGAUCAGCAGCGUCCUCUUCGGGCUGGUCUUUGCCACCAUGAUCACCAAGAGACUGGCCCAGGUGAAGCUGCUGAACAGGGCCUGGCGCUGAGGGAGCCCAGCCUGGAGAGCAGCUGGACUGGGGUCCCAGCCCCCCCAGGGAUGGAUCCUCUGUGCCAUUUGGCUGGAAGAUAUUUGUGAGGAAAAGCUGCUGGAGGAGUAAAACCUGCACUGCCCGCAGGAGCGUCUCCCGCGAGGAGAAACGGAAGAGAAGAGACUUUUUUAGUCUGAUCUGACUGAAAAAGAAGCUCCCAAACCUCCCUUAAAGCCCCAAAAUCAGUGUCUCCCUGGUGUUGGUGAAGAGAAUCCUGAGGAUGUGUGUGUCCUGCUCAUCCUGGGCUCUCCCUCGGUGCCAGCUGUGCCCCACAUCUGGCAGCAAGGAGAGUUGCUCCUGCUGUGAGGAAGAGACCUUGGGUGAUUUCUGUAGGAAAAAUCUUGGGAUUUGGGUGUCUGGCAGUGGGAAGUGGCCUCGUGGAGCCACUGACAAAGCUGCAGAGCAGGGGGAAGAUUUUGAACUUAAAUCCUCUCCAUGUUCUUUAUUUAUUAUGACAACGUCAGUUCCUUCCCAUUUGUUUCUAAAAUCUGCUGCUUUUUUUUGUAUUCAGUGCUGGGGUCAAGGCAGGGGGGUUCAGGGGCAGGAGCCUCUCAGUGUUUCCUUUGGGCUCACAGCUCUGAACAGUGUAGGUUUUAAUUGUUAAGGUCCAGUUUGGCAGAGAGUUUGUCCCCAGGAGUGACUGUGUCCCCCCCACACCCCCCAGUGUCCAGAUCCCAAAAUAAAGCUGCGGAGCAGGGA